UUUCAAAUCACGUGACCCCCAAAACCCUCGAAGAAGAGUAGAUACUGACCACUUUACGAAUGACCCUUUUGAUAAGAGUAACCAUUAUGAACACGAAGAUGUGGUGGAAUAUAUGUGCUCUACAUUUAUUACUGACAACGAUUUUAGUGGCCAGCGCAUGUCCAAAUGGCUGGAUAACUUUCAACGGGAACUGUUAUUCAUUUGUGACAACAAAACAGACAUGGUUCCAUGCCGCGAAAGCAUGCCACGAUCUAGAUGCUAAAUUAGUUGAUGUUAAAUCAAAAGACGAAGAAGAAUUCCUGAAACGUACCAUUAAACACCAGCAUCUACAUGACGAUCCUCAGACUAUUGGUUACUGGACCAGCGGAAAUGACCUUGCUGUUGAAGGAACGUGGGUUUGGGGUUACCCGGAAGGUAUACCAAUGACUACGACUGACUGGUUCCCAGGGGAACCAAACAACAGCUGGUACAACGGCAGGGAGGAAGACUGUGUUGCACUCUGGGGUCAUGAUUCCCAUGAUUACCAGUGGAAUGACCAACCUUGUGACAAUCAGGACUUCUAUAUCUGUAAAGCAGCAGAUGAUGUUGACGUAGUUGGAUAAUGAUGAGACAAUUAAACGAUUUCGUAUGCACUUUUCUUUUCAAACUUUUGAAUAAAAGAAGUGAUUACAA